CUCAAGAUAAGAUGCCUACAUAAAUAUCCCUUACAAACAGCAUGUUGUUCACUUCAACAUUUAUUUCACAAGGCAAGUGUAAGAAGCAACCAUGAGAAACCUUUCAGCUCUACAUCUGCUGCUUCUCCAGGGAACGGUGCUGGCUCGAAUAUAUAAAAAUGUUGCAUUGCAUGGAAAAGCCACCCAGUCUGACCGACAAGACAAUGCUCUUUCAGCUGCCUACAAUGCCAUUGAUGGUAACCGUCAGGCUGCCUAUAGUGCAGGAUCAUGCACUCACACUGAUGGAAUGACCAAUCCCUGGUGGAGAGUGGACCUGCUGGAUUCUUAUAUUGUCACUUCUAUAUCCGUCACCAACAGAGAAGACUGCUGUCCGGAACGAUUGAACGGAGCAGAGAUUCACAUUGGCAGUUCUUUACUCUACAACGGUGCUGCAAACCCAGUGGUUGCUGUCAUUUCCCAUAUCCCAGCUGGAAGAACUUUAACUAUUACAUUUACCAGACAUGUGGAAGGCCGUUAUGUGACUGUUGUGCUCCCAGGUGUUUCCAGAAAACUUACACUCUGCGAGGUGGAGGUUUAUGGAUACCGUGCUCCAACUGGGAAUGUGGCAAUUUAUGGAAAAGCCUCACAGUCAACGGUUUAUCCUGGAGCCAUCGCCAACAACGCCAUCGAUGGGAGUCGUGCUGCAUACUUUAGCCAGGGUUCCUGUAGUGCCACAAAUAAUGACUUUAACUCCUGGUGGAGACUGGACCUGGGGAGCACCCAUAGAGUGUUCAGUAUUAACAUAACCAAUCGGGUUGAAUAUCCCACUCGAAUUAACAGAGCUGAAAUUCGUAUUGGAGAUUCACUUGACAACAACGGAAAUAACAAUCCCAGGUGUACUGUGAUCUCAACCAUCGCUCCAGGUUCUACUGAAACCUUUCAGUGCAACGGCAUGGAUGGUCGAUACAUCAACGUUUUCAUACCUGGAAGAAAUGAAUAUCUCACUCUGUGUGAGGUGGAAGUGUACGCAUCGAGACUGGAUUGAAUUAAAGAUGUUAGAUGUUACAUUAUAAGGAUCUCAUUUCACUGAUAGGAGUCUCCACAAUAUAAAUGAUGAGGUUGUCAUACUUAAUUAUAGUUAAAGCUUAGAAAUUGUGACCACAAGAUGACAGAAAAUCCUCACAACAAAUUAAGUGUCAAAGUUCUCCUUCAGACAUUCAUUCACAUCACAAAGGAUGAGCUUUCAAGUAUUUUAUAACUGUGUACAUUUACAAUAUUAAAAUAAUUUGUAUCUCAGACUGAAGCUUGUGUUUACAAAUGAAUCAAUGAAUGGCUUUUUACUUAAAGCAGAUACUUUCUUUUUUGUAUUGCUGUCUGGAGUCUUAUGAGAUAGUCUGAAUGUUUGACUUGAUAAUCUGCCUUUUGAGAUAAGAUCAUGAAUGACAUCUGCAAUGAAUUUAAAGAAGUUCUGCCCUCUUAUUUUCAAGUGAAAUGAUUUUUAAGUCAUUAACAUUUGUUGGUUAUUGCUUCUGUUUUCUCCUUUUCCUCAAAUGUAUUCAAUAGUUUAUCACUUACUUACUGUACAUUUGCAAAGACAGCUACAUCAAUCUCAGCUGCCAUCUUUAUUUCUCCUCAAAAGUAAAUAAAGUCUGGCUAAUCAUGGUA